UUGAGUAGGGGCAUGACUUGUCACAGAGAGAGAAGGAGGGAUUAAAUUGGUUUCCAUUAGUUCAGGUUGGCUGUGUGGGGCUGUUUUCACAGAAGAGACAUAGCAGCUGACAUUCUGAGCAGGUAUUUGGAGUCAGUAAUGAACUGGGUGAGAAAAUAAACUGAAGCAUAACCCAAACAAGACAGAGGCGUUGGUGGUAACUUUUUGAAGCACCCUUGCCCUAAAACAGCAGAAUGAUUAUCCUCCUUCCUGUGAUGCUUUAUCUGUGGCCUGUAAGCAAUGCUAUUAAUGAAAGGAUUUCAAAGCCCAAUAUUGUAUUAUUCAUGGCUGAUGAUCUUGGCAUUGGAGACCUGGGAUGCUAUGGAAACACAACUUCAAGGACUCCUAACAUUGACAAGUUAUCUAAAGAAGGAGCAACACUGACCCAACACAUAGCAGCCUCACCACUAUGUACCCCAAGCAGGGCAUCUUUCUUGACAGGCCGCUAUUCUGUCAGAUCAGGAAUGGCUAGCCUGCACAAAGUUGGGGUCUUCUUGUUUUCUGCUUCUUCUGGUGGACUCCCUAUGGAAGAAAUAACAUUUGCUAAACUUCUCCAGCAGAAGGGUUAUUCUACAGCUCUCAUAGGAAAAUGGCAUCUUGGGAUUAACUGCAACAGCAGUGAUGACUUCUGCCACCACCCUUUAAAUCAUGGAUUUGAUUACUUUUACGGGGUGCCUGUGAACAAUCUCAGGGACUGUAAACCUGGUCACGGAAGCGUGUUUAGCGCUGGACUGAAGAUGCACACUCGUGCAGCACUCCAGACCACGGCGGUUGCUCUGAUCUCUUUGGCGGUUCUGAAUUACGUUGGCUUUGUCAGAGUUCCCCACAGAGUGCUGGGCUACUUCUUCUUAAUAGCUGCAGUGAUAGUUGGAGUUUUGCUGCUCUUCUUUUAUAACUUCCAGAAUCUUAACUGCUUCUUGAUGCGGAAUCACAGUAUUAUCCAGCAACCCUGGAACUAUGAGAACCUCACUCAGAGAUUCACAGAGGAAGCCAAAAGAUUCAUAGGAAGGAACACCAAUGCACCAUUUCUUCUGUUUGUGGCUUAUACUCAGGUCCACACAGCUCUUUAUGCAUCCCAAGCUUUCAGAGGAAAAAGCAAACACGGUUUAUAUGGAGAUGCCCUGGAAGAAAUGGACUGGAGUGUAGGGCAAAUACUCCAUGCGUUAGAUCAAUGGCACCUACGUGAGCAGACUCUUGUGUACUUCACAUCUGAUCAUGGGGCACAUGUGGAAGAAAUAUCAGCCAAUGGAGAAGUCCAGGGUGGUUACAAUGGAAUAUAUAAAGGUGGAAAGUCUACAAGUUGGGAAGGAGGGAUUCGAGUUCCUGGUCUUCUCCGCUGGCCUGGAGUGUUUAAGCCUGGUACACAUAUUGAUGAGCCCACAAGUAAUAUGGAUAUAUUCCCCACAAUAGUUAAACUUGCUGGAGCAUCACUGCCCAGUGACAGAAUUAUUGAUGGACAUGAUCUGAUGCCCUUGCUUCGAGGUAUUGCUCUCCGAUCCAAGCAUGAAUUUCUCUUCCAUUACUGUAAUGCAUAUUUAAAUGCAGUGCGCUGGCAUCCAGGAAACAGUAAAUCUAUCUGGAAAGCAUUUUUUUUCACUCCAAAUUUCAGUCCACGAGAUUCCAAUGGCUGCCAUGAUGAUCAUGUGUGUUUUUGCUAUGGAAAUUCAGUCGCGUACCAUGACCCACCAUUGCUUUUUGAACUUUCCAAGGACCCAGAAGAAAAAAACCCACUGACACCAGAAACUGAGAGUCAUUUCCAUGAAAUCAUUCAAGUCAUUCAACAGGCAGUGAGCAACCACACCAAGUCACUGGUCAUGGUUCCAAACCAGCUUUCCCUGGAAAAUAUUUUGUGGAAGCCUUGGCUUCAGCAAUGUUGUUCUUCUUUCCUCCAGUUUUGCUAUUGUGACCGUGAGUCAAGAGAAAACAAGAAAUUGCCAGAAGCAUGACAUCGCUAAUGUACAAUCACACCGAUGCUUUAGGGAUAAACAAGAUGAGGGUGGGGAGCAGAUCAUACUUUGACCUUAAAAAAAUGUAAGGAUGCAGUAUGGUUUUGCUCGGUGGUUUUGCUCAAAUAGUCAGUGGUGUGCAGUGAUACUGUGCUGUGCAAAGAUUGCUCUCUCAGAUUCACAGUUCCAUAAACAGGUUGUGCGUUUUCAAGGAUGCUUGCAGAGGGACUGAUGAAAGUGUAUACAUUUUCAGAGAAAAGCAGGUAUCCAAGGAAUGGAGCAAGUAGCAGCAGCAUUAUUAUUAACACAGUGGGGACACCAUCUUUUUUUUAUCCACAAUGCUUCGGUGUCAUGUCAUGAUGUAGCAUCAUUCCCAACAAGUUAUUAUAGGAAUAUAUGGCAGCCUGGCUGACUGGCUGCAGGGCACAGCUGCUUCCACCCUAUUAAAAUGGCCAAG